AUGGAGUGCAGACAGACGCACAGAAAUCUCCAAGGAAACGCUAUAUCCUACAUUGACAAAAAUGUAUGGAAAGCAUAUCGCUGGGUUGAGACUCUGAUUCUCAGCGAAAAUUAUUUGACUGAAUUACAUAAGGAUUCAUUUGAAGGCCUGCUAUCCCUGAAGCACUUGGAUUUAUCCUGUAAUAAAAUACAAUUUAUUGAAAGACGUACAUUUGAAUCACUUCCCUUUUUGAAGUCUGUAAAUCUUGGCUGCAAUUUACUCACAGAAGUGAGUUUGGGCACAUUUCAGGCGUGGCAUGGAAUGCAUUUUUUGCACGUGGUAAAUCUUGAUCAGAAUCCAUUGACAACUGUUGAAGAUUCCUAUCUUUUUAAUUUGCCAGCAUUAAAACAUGUAGACCUCGGAAGAACGCAGGUGUCCAUGAGCACAGUUGAGAACAUCCUCAUGAAGACUCGCGAACUGGGAAAACUGAUCUUACCUAGCCACAUGGCCUGCUGCCUCUGCCAAUUUAAAAAGGACAUUGAGACUGUCUGCAAGAUAGUCAAGCUGCAUUGUCGCAAUGAAUGUCUGACAAACCCUCUAUCUUGUGUACCAGAACCAUCGACAGAGAAUCCCAAAGCAGAAUUCCUGAAGAUACUGCAAGCCCGGAAGAGGAACACUAGCACCAAAUUAAUUAUUACUUCAGAGACGGAUAAUUCAGAAAAACAUACACUUGACAUUCUAGACUCUACAAAUGAGCAGCUAGACUUGAAUGAAAAAGGUGACGUUAUCAGUGCACUAAAUUACAUACUGCGUUAUUUCUCAGGCAGCAAUCUAGAAGACGUAGAGUCAGUGUUACUACCCUACGUCAGGUUGCUUUUUGCAAGUCCUCAAGAUGAUCGGUCAGUGAAACACUUGAAAAACAAUCUAGAAGACUUCUCUGUGAAAGCAAAUAAACGUAAAUUGAGAAAGAUCCACUUUCUAGAAAAUUUGAUAAGCUCCAAAGUUCAACAAAAAAUGGAUGAGGUUAAAGACACACAAAAAGCUGCCAUGCUGAUGCAGCCUCCGUUAGAUAUCAGAGGGAAACGACGAUUCUUCCUAAGGAAGUUAGAAAGGACCCGAUCACAGCAGAUCAGCCUGGCGCUCACCCCAAGCACAAGGCAAAGAUUACACAGACAGAAAAAUGUCAUCAAGGGGUCAAAGGGCCUGAGGAAAAGGCAGCAGCGGGAGGCGAUCAGGAGGAGAGAGAACGCGCACCCCCUUGUGGAGGGCACCAUGCAAGGCGAGCUGGGAAGUUCAGGAGCCAAGGAGCAGGAGGAGCUUCAUGUGGCCCAGAGGCCCUGGCACCUGGUGGCCCACUCCUUCCUCCCAGAGCCCCCACUCCCAGAGGAGCACAAUGCCAGGGCCGCCUCUUCCCUGAAGAGGCACAUCGUGGGCAGACCAUCUGCUGCACCCCUUGCAAAGUCCCUCUCUAAGCGAAGGCUCUUCCAAUACCUCCUGCCGAAGACGUUCUUAAAGCCAGCCUUGCUGCAGUAA